CACGGAGGGACAGACACAGCAAAGACAACCACAGGACGGCAAUGAGAUGGCGAGGAGGCUCAGUAUAUUGGAAAUCCUCCUGAUAAUUUUCAAUGUGGUUGUAUUGGCAGUAGAUAUCCUUUUGUUCCUUCUAGUGCUGGAGAACCCUUCAGAUUCAUUUACUCCUGAGUGCCCAGACAUCUCUGAAUCAGAAAGGAUAGACUGUGCACCUGGCAAAGUGGUGACAGAGGAUGUCUGCCGAUGGCAGCAUAAAUGCUGCUGGAAGCCGGUAGCAGAUCCCAAAGUCCCUGCAUGCUUUUUCCCUAAGAACUCAGGUUAUGAAGUCACCAGUGUCCUUACAAACACAAGCACAGGGCUAACUGCUCGGUUGAAAAAAUUGUCAUCCCCAUCUCUUUUUGGAAAUGAUAUUGCUGAUGCCCUCUUCACAGCUGAAUAUCAGACAUCCAAUCGUUUUCAUUUUAAGAUCACUGAUUUCAAUGAGCCACGCUAUGAAGUCCCUCAUGAAAACAUCUUGAAUGGGAGUGCUAAUGCGUCCAUUCUGAGCUACUACAUAGAGGUUGUUAAUAAACCCUUCAGCAUCAAAAUACUGCGGAAGAGCAACAAAAGAGUCUUGUUGGACACAGGCAUUGGGCCCCUCCAAUUUUCCCAGCAGUACCUGCAGCUGUCUUUCCGGCUGCCCAGCUCCAAUGUGUAUGGGCUUGGGGAACACGUGCAUCAACAAUAUCGCCACAACAUGAGCUGGAACACCUGGCCCAUCUUUACCAGAGAUGCUAUUCCUACAGAGGACAUGAUUAAUCUGUAUGGAGCACACACAUUCUUCUUGUGCCUUGAAGAUACCAGUGGGGCUUCCUUUGGAGUCUUUCUGAUGAACAGCAAUGCCAUGGAGGCCACACUUCAGCCUGCUCCUGCCAUUACUUACCGCACAACUGGAGGCAUUCUUGACUUUUACAUCUUCCUGGGAAAUGCACCAGAGGAAGUGGUUCAGGAGUACCUGGAGGUUGUUGGGCGACCAUUCUUGCCUUCCUAUUGGAGCCUUGGUUUCCAGCUCAGCCGCAGGGAUUAUGGUGGCAUUGAUGGAUUGAGACAGGUUGUACAGCGAACCCGUGAUGCUGAAAUCCCAUAUGAUGUACAAUACUCGGACAUAGACUACAUGGCUGGAGGGAAGGAUUUCACUAUUGAUGAACAGGCUUACCCCCAGCUCUCAGAUUUUGCUAAGGACCUACAUAACAAUGGACAGAAAUAUGUAAUUAUUCUGAACCCUGGCAUCUUCAAGGACCCUAACUACCAGACCUAUGCAAAUGGAAGCAAGAACAGAGUAUGGAUCAUGAGCUCCAGUGGCUUCGCUGUUGGGGAGGGUUAUCCAGGACAGUCAGUCUUUCCUGACUUUACCAAUCCAGCCUCUAUUCCAUGGUGGACCCAGCAGCUCAAUGAAUUUCACAGCCGUCUCGAGUUUGAUGGUGUGUGGAUUGAAAUGGACGAACUGGCUACACUUCUCCAAGGUCUCAAUCACAAGUGCGAGUCAAACAACUUGAAUUUUCCUCCUUUUACUCCCAGCGUCCUGGAUGGCUCUCUGUUGGCAGGAACCCUCUGCAUGGACACAGAGUUUUACUCAGGCCUGCACUAUGACAUCCACAGCCUAUACGGCUACACCAUGGCAAGAGCCACAGACAUGGCCCUGGGGACAGUCUUCUCUUCUAGUAGGAACUUCAUCUUAUCACGUUCUACAUUUGCUGGGUCUGGCAAGUUUGCUGCUCAUUGGCUGGGAAACAAUUCAGCCACCUGGGAUGAUCUCAGAUGGUCCAUCCCCAGCAUCCUUGAGUUUAACCUAUUUGGCAUCCCUAUGGUGGGGGCCAACAUCUGUGGCUAUAGAAACAAUGUCACAGAGGAGCUCUGCAGCAGGUGGAUGCAACUUGGAGCAUUUUACCCACUGUCCAGGAAUCACAAUGGUCCUCAGUACAAGGACCAGGACCCUGCUGCCUUUGGGCCUACCUCUCUGCUGCUGAAUUCCUCGAGACAUUAUUUGAACAUCCGCUAUACUUUACUGCCCUAUCUCUACACCCUCUUUUAUCGUGCUCACACACUGGGGGAGACAGUAGCAAGACCCCUGGUACAUGAGUUUUAUCAGGACCCAGCCACAUGGGAUGUGCAUGAGCAGUUCUUAUGGGGGCCUGGACUCCUCAUCACACCUGUGUUAUAUGAGGACAAAGAGCAAGUGAAAGCCUAUAUCCCAGAUGCCAUCUGGUAUGACUAUGAAACAGACCUGGCCAUCGAAUGGAGGAAACAAUUUAUAGAUAUGCCACUAGCAAGUGACAGGAUAGGGCUUCACCUUCGAGGUGGCUACAUAUUUCCCACCCAGCAGCCAAACACAACUACAGAGUUCAGCCGGAAGAAUCCCUUGGGACUUGUUGUUGCCUUGGAUUAUAAGCGAGAAGCAAAGGGCCAGUUGUACUGGGAUGAUGGUGUGUCUAAAGGCACAGUGUCUGAGAAGAAGUAUAUUCUCUAUGAUUUCUCUGUUAUAUCUAAUCGCUUACAGGCAAAACUUAUACACAAUAACUAUGUGGAUCCCAAUAACAUCAUGUUCACAGACAUCAAGAUCUUGGGGAUGGACAAAAAUGUGACUGGUUUGACUGUCUCACAUAAUAAUAGUAUCAUUCCUAUUUUAAGCUACAACUACAACGCUUCAACACAGGCCUUGAUCCUGAAUAACCUCACAGGACUGGAACUGGGACAAGAAUUCUCCAUCGAGUGGAUUCUUGAAGUCAGUGACCUGGAGAAAUUUAACUGCUUCCCUGAGGAUCCUGCAGUAUCAGAGGAGAGCUGCAAGCAGCGAGGGUGCCUCUGGGAGCAUACAGCUACUCCUGGAGUGCCUACCUGUUUCUAUGACACCAUUCCUCAAUAUGCUGCCAGUAACAUUCAGUACCAGUCCACAGGCAUCACCAUGGACCUGACCCUCCUGGCAAACUCACCAUCUGCCCGGGCAGCAGCUCCAAGUGUCUCUGAUCCUCUUUUUGGAAAGACCAGCUCUCUUAAACUGAAUGUGACUUAUCAUACAGAAAACAUGCUGCAGGUUAAGAUUUACAGUUCCAUUAACGAAAGGUAUGAGGUCCCAAUACCUCUGAACAUCCCUCCUUCACCACUUGGUUCCUCUGAGAACUGCCUGUAUAACGUCAUGGUUAAGACCAACCCAUUUGGACUCCAAAUUAGACGUAAAAGCUCCAGUACUGUGAUUUGGGAUUCUCAACUCCCUGGCUUCACCUUCAGUGAGAUGUUCCUUUCCAUUUCAACUCGCCUUCCCUCUCAAUACAUCUAUGGCUUUGGGGAAACAGAGCAUACAUCUUUCAGAAGAAACAUGAGUUGGAACACAUGGGGAAUGUUUGCUCGGGAUGAGCCACCAUCGUACAAGAAGAAUUCCUAUGGUGUUCACCCUUAUUAUAUGGCACUGGAAGAUGAUAGCAAUGCCCAUGGGGUGCUCCUGUUGAACAGCAAUGCCAUGGAUGUGUCACUCCAGCCCACCCCUGCCCUGACAUACCGCACCGUGGGAGGGAUUCUGGACUUCUACCUGGUUCUGGGACCAACUCCUGAACUUGUAACUCAGCAAUAUACCCAGUUGAUUGGUCGGCCAGCCAUGACUCCAUAUUGGGCCUUAGGUUUCCAGCUAAGUCGCUAUGGAUACCAGAGUGAUGCUGAGAUUGCCAGUUUGUAUGCUGCAAUGGUGGCAGCCCAGAUUCCCUAUGAUGUCCAGCAUGUAGACAUUGAUUACAUGGACCGGAAGUUGGACUUCACCCUCAGCCCCAGCUUUCAAAACCUCGGUGUCCUGAUUAAUCAAAUGAAGACAAAUGGCACAAGAUUCAUUCUCAGGCUGGACCCAGCCAUUUCUGGAAAUGAGACACACUAUCUCACAUUCACUCGAGGACAGAAAAACAAUGUGUUCAUCAAAUGGCCUAACUCCAGUGACAUUGUCUGGGGCAAGGUUUGGCCAGAGUUGCCCAAUGUAAAUGUGGAUGAAACUCUUGACCAUGAGACUCAAGUUAAGCUAUAUAGAGCCUAUGUUGCUUUUCCUGAUUUCCUGCGUACCAGCACAGCUACAUGGUGGAAGGAAGAGAUAAAAGAGCUCUAUGCAAAUCCUCGAGAGCCAAAGAAGAGCUUGAAGUUUGAUGGGCUGUGGAUUGGUAUGAAUGAACCUUCAAACUUCGUGGAUGGAGCUGUUGGGGGCUGCCACAACGAAAUUCUCAAUAAACCACCCUACAUGCCAUAUGUGGAAGCCAGGGACAGGGGCCUGAGCAGCAAGACGCUGUGCAUGGAGAGCGAGCAGAUCCUUCCCGAUGGCUCCCGGGUGCGCCACUAUGACGUGCACAGCCUGUACGGGUGGUCCCAGGCCAGACCCACCUACGAAGCUGUGCAGGAGGUGACAGGAGAGAGAGGCAUCGUCAUCACCCGUUCCACAUUCCCCUCUUCUGGACGCUGGGCAGGACACUGGCUAGGAGACAACACAGCUGCCUGGGACCAGCUGGGGAAAUCCAUCAUUGGCAUGAUGGAGUUCAGUCUCUUUGGAAUAUCUUAUACAGGAGCAGAUAUUUGUGGGUUCUUUGGAGAUGCUGAAUAUGAGAUGUGUAUCCGUUGGAUGCAACUGGGAGCAUUUUAUCCAUUUUCCAGGAACCACAACACGGCUGGCACUAGGAGACAGGAUCCUGUGGCCUGGAAUUCAACCUUUGCGGAGUACUCAGGAAAAGUUUUAAGGAUCAGAUACUCCCUGCUGCCGUAUCUGUAUACCCUGAUGCACAAAGCUCACACCGAGGGUAGCACUGUCGUACGGCCGCUUCUUCAUGAGUUCACCGAAGACAAAACAACAUGGGAUAUAGACGACCAGUUCAUGUUGGGCCCAGCCAUCCUGAUCAGCCCAGUUCUGGAAAGGAACAAAGAUGUGGUCCCUGCUUAUUUUCCCAGAGCCCGGUGGUAUGACCAUAGCACAGGAUUUGGCAAUGAAUCCUCAGGUGAGUGGAAAACACUGGCAGCUCCUUUGGACCACAUCAACCUUCAUGUCAGAGGAGGCUACAUCCUGCCUUGGCAAGAGCCUGCAAUGAACACUCACUACAGUCGGCAAAAUUUUAUGGGCUUGACUGUUGCUUUGGAUGAUAAUGGGAAAGCCGAAGGUCAGUUGUUCUGGGAUGAUGGACAAAGUAUUGAUACUUAUGAAAAAGGAAACUAUUUGUUGACUACCUUUAUAGCAGCACAGAACACCUUGAAAAUCCAGGUGCUACAUAAUCAGUAUCUGAGUGACUCAAAUGCACUGAAAAUUGGAUACAUUAGAAUCUGGGGUUUAAACUCUACCUAUGUGAAACAGGUCAAUUGUACCUACAACAACCAGCAAUUCAUCCAGAAAAAUUUCACAAGAAACCCCUACAAUCAGGAACUAACAAUUCAAUUGACUGAAGACAGUAUGAAUCUAGAAUUGCUGACUGAGGUUACCUGGAUUUAUGGAGAUGCUGCAGUUCCCACACCAAAUACAACCAUUAUGCUUCCUACAAGCCCACACCCAUCUGCAUCCAGCUCUGAAACUGUGACCAGUUCAGCUCCCAUAACCACAGUCAGAACAACUACUACUACAGUCACACUUCCGGGAACAAAUACACCUCCCAUUGUUAACACCAGUGAUGCACUUCCUGUUACAACCACAGAUGCAAAAACAAGCACGAUUGACAACACAACCAGCACCUCAUUUCCUGACCCAACUACACCUUUCCCUACCACUCCUUCUACAGUCACAAGCGAUGUGAUUCCUGUCACAAGCACAGCUACUGAAACAAGCACCAUUGACAACACAACCAGCACCUCAUUUCCUGACACAACUACACCUUUCCCUACCACUCCUACAGUCACAAGCGAUGUGAUUCCUGUCGUCACAAGCACAGCUACUGAAACAAGCACCAUUGACAACACAACCAGCACCUCAUUUCCUGACACAACUACACCUUUCCCUACCACUCCUUCUACAGUCACAAGCAAUGUGAUUCCUGUCAUCACAAGCACAGCUACUGAAACAAGCACCAUUGACAACACAGCCAGCACAUCAUUUCCUGACACAACUACACCUUUCCCUACCACUCCUUCUAUAAUCACAAACGAUGUGAUUCCUGUCACAAGCACAGCUACUGAAACAAGCACCAUGGACAACACAACCAGCACCUCAUUUCCUGACACAACUACACCUUUCCCUACCACUCCUUCUACAGUCACAAGCGAUGUGAUUCCUGUUGUCACAAGCACAGCUACUGAAACAAGCACCAUUGACAACACAACCAGCACCUCAUUUCCUGACACAACUACACCUUUUCCUACAACUCCUUCUGGAGUCACAAGCGAUGUGAUUCCUGUUGUCACAAGCACAGCUACUGAAACAAGCACCAUGGACAACACAACCAGUCCCUCAUUUCCUGACACAACUACACCUUUCCCUACCACUCCUUCUACAGUCACAAGCGAUGUGAUUCCUGUUGUCACAAGCACAGCUACUGAAACAAGCACCAUUGACAACACAACCAGCACCUCAUUUCCUGACACAACUACACCUUUUCCUACAACUCCUUCUGGAGUCACAAGCGAUGUGAUUCCUGUUGUCACAAGCACAGCUACUGAAACAAGCACCAUUGACAACACAACCAGCACCUCAUUUCCUGACACAACUACACCUUUCCCUACCACUCCUUCUACAGUCACAAGCAAUGUGAUUCCUGUCGUCACAAGCACAGCUACUGAAACAAACACCAUUGACAACACAACCAGCACCUCAUUUCCUGACACAACUACACCUUUCCCUACCACUCCUAUAAUCACAAGCGAUGUGAUUCCUGUUGUCGCAAGCACAGCUACUGAAACAAGCACCAUUGACAACACAACCAGUACCUCAUUUCCUGACACAACUACACCUUUCCCUACCACUCCUUCUACAGUCACAAGCAAUGUGAUUCCUGUCGUCACAAGCAUAGCUACUGAAACAAGCACCAUUGACAACAAAACCAGCACCUCAUUUUCUGACACAACUACACCUUUCCCUACCACUCCUAUAAUCACAAGUGAUGUGAUUCCUGUUGUCACAAGCACAGCUACUGAAACAAGCACCAUUGACAACACAACCAGCACCUCAUUUCCUGACACAACUAUACCUUUCCCUAUAACUCCUUCUACAGUCACAAGCGAUGUGAUUCCUGUUGUCGCAAGCACAGCUACUGAAACAAGCACCAUUGACAACACAACCAGCACCUCAUUUCCUGACACAACUACACCUUUCCCUACCACUCCUUCUGGCGUCACAAACACAGCUACUGGAACAAGAACCAUUGACAACACAACCAGCACCUCAUUUCCUGACAGAACUACAUCUUUCCCUACCACUCCUGCAAUCACAAGCGAUGUGAUUCCUGUCGUCACAAGCACAGCUACUGAAAGAAGCACCAUUGACAACACAACCAGCACCUAAUUUCCUGACACAACUACACCUUUCCCUACCACUCCUACAGUCACAAGCGAUGUAAUUCCUGUCGUCACAAGCACAGCUACUGAAACAAGCACCAUUGGCAACACAACCAGCACCUCAUUUCCUGACACAACUACACCUUUCCCUAUAACUCCUUCUACAGUCACAAGCGAUGUGAUUCCUGUUGUCACAAGCACAGCUACUGAAACAAGCACCAUUGACAACACAACCAGCACCUCAUUUCCUGACACAACUACAUGUUUCCCUACAACAACUCCCGCCAAUGUCACUACUGAUGUAAUUCCUGCCAUAAGCACAGCUACUGAAAGAAGUACUGAUUGAAAGAAUUACUGUCGAAACAGUAAUGAAAGAAGUCCUGUUUUCAAGUAUGAUUGACAACAGAAUUAGUACCUCAUUUCCUGACACAGCCACACUUUUCCCUACACUAACUUCUAUUGCUAACAGAAGUGAUGUGAUUCCUGUCACAUCCGGAGCAAAUGAAACAAAUACUGGUAACAGUACAAUUGGCACCUCGUUUUCCCACACAACUACACCUCUUCCACUGAGUCCUCCUUUGCUGUCACUAGUGAUGUGAUUCCUGUCACAGCCACAGCUACUGAAACACGUACUGGAGACAAUACUACAGCACCUCUUUUCUGACAUUACUACAGCUUUCCCUCUGUGUCCUUGUAUUGUUAGUGCUGUGAUUCUGUGUCAAUGACAGCGAGUGAAACAAGGACUGUUGAUGCCACAGCCAACUCUCCUCUUCUAAUAUGCAUACCAUGUUUCCUAUAGGUCAUGUUUCUGAUAGCUAUAAUGAUCAUUCACUUACGAUGAGCACACAUGCAAGACAAGUUUUGCUGGUGUCACUACUAGCAACCCAUAUUCUGGUAUAACUACACUUUUUUUUUUCUGUGAGUGCUAUUCCUUAUGGCACUAAUUCAACUUUUUCUACCACAGCCACACUUUAAACAUUUUGUUUUCCUAGUAUUGCAAUUAGUUCUACUCUUCCUGAAUACAUACUCCCUUUACUACAGAUUCCAACACAGCAAACUGUAGUGUUGUGGAUUCCUAGCAUAACCAUACCUUUCUCAGAAAGUAGUACAAAUGUCACAAGUAAUACUCUUGAAGUUGCUGACAAUUUCACCACAGCAUCUACUAUGCCCAUGAUUCCAUAUAUUUUUAGCACAAAACCUAUAAAUGUAGUUACCUCUGACAAGAUCUUUAAAACACUUCCAUGAUCUCGCUCAAGGGUCUAGUGCAGUGGUUCUCAACCUUCCUAAUGCUGUGAACCUUUAAUACAGUUCCUCAUGUUGUGAUGACCCCCAACCAUAAAAUUAUUUCGUUGUUCCUUUAUAACUGUAAUUUUGCUGCUCUUUUCAGAGACUCUGAAGUGUGGUGGUACAAUAGAUAGAUAUAGAAACAGCUGCAAAUAAGAUGCCAUUGAAGUUAGGCAAGUCAUUAAAAAGAAAGAUUUUCAAAAUGUAAAACAACACCAUACUUCUAUAUCUUUGUUUUUGCCUUUGAAAGUAUGCUUAUUUUUCAAAAAUCGUAUUUAUGCUAACAUGUAGCAGAUACACUGUAUUUUUAAUUAACAAAAAUAAAUAUUUAUAAAAUAUCU